AUGAGCAGUCCAUAUCAAUACGUUAAACCUCAAGCACAAGCACAAGUACAACCUCAAGUACAACCUAAACAACAACAACAACAAAACUUUAAAUAUAUAGUUGUUCUGGACUUUGAAGCAACAUGUCAAGAGGGUCCAAGAAUUGAGAAGCAAGAGAUAAUAGAGUUCCCAUCACUGUUGGUAGAUCUGGAAAAGAGACAAGUGGUCGAUACAUUCCGCGAGUAUGUCAGACCUGUACAUAAUCCAAAGUUGACACCUUUCUGCACCGAGCUGACGGGUAUCCAGCAAGAGUGGGUGGACGCUGCCGACACGUUCCCCACAGUGGUCGAGCGCCAUCGCCUGUGGCUGGUGAAGAAUGGCCUGAUCGAUCCACACACAUACCAGAAGGUGCCUGGCAAGGAGUUCACAUUCCUCACCUGUGGUGACUGGGACCUCAACAUGAUGCUGCCAACACAAUACAAGUAUAUGGACGAGUCUCAAGGUCGCUACUACUCAUGGCCAUCAUACUUCCAGGAUUGGAUCAAUGUUAAGAGAUCAUUCGAGUCACAUACUGGCCAGGCGGGACGCGGCAUGACCGACAUGCUGAGUAAGAUGCAUCUGGAGCUUCAAGGACGUCAUCAUAGUGGACUGGAUGAUUGUACCAACAUCGCAGCCAUCGUUAUCAAGUUGCUAAAUGGUGGAUUCGUGUUUGUUAACACCAACUCAAGGGCACCAAAGUUGAGAGGUUACCAAAAGUAA